UGGCAGCCUCAUUGUCUCUCAUUAUUUACUGCUUGAGAGCUGGCACUGGCUGCGCCUGCCCAGCAGGGACUGAAGGGGAAGCAACAGUUGUCAAGAGAGUCUGGAGAGCAGCCAUUGUUUUUCCAGGUGGGCCGGGGGGGACAGACAGCACUCGAUGCCGGUAGGCAGCAUCAGACAUCUUUAGCCCCCCCACCACCACUCCCCACUCAGUUCAGACAAGGGGACUCAGGAUGCUUAAUGUAAGCUGCAAUUUCUCCACCUGCCGACUCUGGGCUGGCGACUGGGUGGCAGCAGCUCAUCAGGAGACGCCACGUUUCUGGGGCUUUUGAGGCUUCGACUCCCAGAUUUUCGGUUGUGUCCGGAUGGCAGGCUUUCUGAAAGAUGCACACCACCCACAGCUUGCAAUGUCCAGCCCACCCACUGCAGCACGGGGAUAAUGCUGUGGAAGACAUGACCCAGCUGGAAGACCUCCAGGAGAAUGCGGUUCUUAACAACAUCAGGUUGAGGUUUGACCGGGGACUAAUUUAUACCUAUAUAGGUAGCAUCUUAGUGUCUGUGAAUCCUUACAAAAUGUACAACAUCUACGGGACAGACCACGUGCUGCAAUAUGAAGGGAAAGCCUUGGGGGAGAACCCACCGCACCUUUUCGCAAUCACCAAUAUCGCCUACAGCAAACUGAGAGAUGCCAAAAUCAACCAGUGUAUUAUUAUCAGUGGCGAAAGUGGUUCGGGCAAAACAGAAGCCACCAAACUGAUCCUCCGUUACCUGGCAGCGAUAAAUCAGAAGCACACUGCAACACAGCAGAUCCUUGAAGCGACUCCUCUGCUGGAAUCCUUUGGAAAUGCCAAGACGGUGCGGAACGACAACUCCAGCAGGUUUGGGAAAUUUGUGGAACUCUUUCUGGAGGACAAUGGGUUCAUUUGUGGUGCCAUUACUUCGCAGUACCUUCUGGAGAAAUCAAGGGUCGUCUUUCAGUCCAAUAACGAACGGAACUACCAUAUAUUUUACGAGAUGCUGGCUGGCCUCCCUGCUCAGCAGAAGCGGAAAUUCGGCCUUCAAGAGGCAGAAACAUACUAUUACCUGAACCAGGGAGGCAACUGCGAGAUCCCUGGCAAGGUGGACACUGAGGAUUUUCACCGGUUGCUCGACGCCAUGGAAAUCCUGCACUUCACUGCCCACGAUCAGGACAGCAUCUUCCGCAUGUUGUCUUCCAUUCUACACUUGGGGAAUGUCUACUUUGAAAAAUACGAGACAGAUUGCCAGGAGGUGGCUUCGGUGGUGAGCGCCCGGGAGAUCCGCGUUGUGGCCGAUCUGUUGAAAAUCUCCCCCGAGGGCUUGCAGAAGUCCAUCACCUUCAAAGUGACGGAAACCAUGAGAGAAAAGAUAUACACACCCCUCACUGUUGACAGUGCCGUUGAUGCCAGAGAUGCCAUUGCCAAGAUCCUCUACUCCUUGCUCUUCAACUGGCUCAUCGACAGGAUUAACAGGCUCACCUACCCCAGGCAAGAAACCCUGUCCAUCGCCGUCUUGGAUAUCUAUGGCUUUGAGGAUCUGGGCUUCAACAGCUUUGAGCAGUUGUGCAUCAAUUACGCAAAUGAGUAUCUCCAAUUCUUCUUCAACAAGAUCGUCUUCAAGGAGGAGCAGGAGGAAUAUAUCCGGGAGCAUCUUGAGUGGAGAGAAAUACCUUUCAAUGACAACCAGCCUUGCAUUGACCUCAUUGCCCAAAGACCUUAUGGGAUUUUAAGGAUCCUGGAUGACCAGAGCAGUUUCCCUCAGGCCACGGAUCACACAUUUCUCCAGAAGUGUCAUUACCACCACGGCGCCAACCCGCUUUACUCCAAACCGAAGAUGCCGCUACCCGAAUUCUCCAUCAAGCACUAUGCUGGCAAAGUCACCUACCAGGUACACAAGUUCUUGGAUAAAAACUACGAUCAGGUUCGCCUGGACGUCCUGGAGCUUUUUGUCAACAGCAAAAUCAAAAUGGUGGCCAACCUGUUCUACAGCCAUGCCCAGCUGAUAGCUCAGCAGAAGACCAUGAUGGGGAGAAGCAGCACCAGCAGGCGGAAAUUUAAGUCCCACACGGUGGCAGCGAAAUUCCAGCAGUCGCUUUCGGACCUCGUGGAUAAAAUGGAGAGAUGUAACCCUUUCUUCGUCCGCUGCAUCAAACCCAACAAUAAGAAGAAGCCAGGACUUUUUGAGCCUGAUGUAGUCAGCAGCCAGCUGCGGUACUCGGGAAUUCUGGAGACCAUCCGCAUCCGCAAAGAGGGCUUUCCCGUUCGCAUCCCCUUCCAAACGUUCAUUGAAAGGUACCGCUGCCUUGUUGAUAUCAAACAAGGCAUGAUCCCUGAUGCGUGGAACAGUGCGGUAGUGCUGAAGAAGCUAUGCGCAGUCACCCCUGAUAUGUACUGCAUUGGAGCCACCAAGCUCUUCAUGAAAGAGAAUGUCUACCAGCACUUGGAAGGGAAGCGAGAACGGAUUGUCCACAUGGCAGCUCUAACGCUGCAGCGGUACACGCGCGGCUUCUUGAUCAAGAAACGCUUCUUCGCCCUCCGCCACAAGAUCAUCCUCUUCCAGGCGCGGGCCCGAGGCUAUCUUGUCAGGCAAAGGUAUCGGAGGCUGCGUCGAACCCUCAUCAAGGUCAGGUGCCUGGUACGCAUCUAUGUGAAUCGCAGGAGAUACCUUAAGAGAAAGGAAGAGGAGCGCCGGAGAGCUGAGGAGGAGAGGAAAAAAAAUGAACAGGUACUGAGCAGACGGGAAGUGAUGAGAGUUGCAAACCUGGAAGUGCCUGCAGAAUUGGUUGGACUCUUAAACACUGUGGCUGUUCACAAGCAGAUCAAUGAAGACUGUGUCACUCCCAUCCCCCCUCCAAAGCUACAGGCGGACCCCCAAUUCACUCUGCCCCUUGACAUCAACAAUUACCCCAUGAGCAAGUAUGUGCAGACCCACUUCAAGGAGCCACUCUUUGGGAUGCUGACAAGGACUCUGGCAUCCUCACUGACAAUGAUAGACGAGAGCCUGAGAGGAGAAGCGGUGUCCCUUUUCAAACUGAUCCUCCGCUUCAUGGGCGACCCCCGCCUCAACGGCACACAGGAGGUCCUCUUCGGGAACUACAUCGUGCAGAAGGGGCUGUCGAUCCCAAGCCUGCGAGACGAGAUCCUGGCCCAGAUCGCCAACCAAGUGUGGCGCAACACCAACGUCAACAACGAGGAACGUGGCUGGCUCCUGUUGGCCUCUGCCUUCAGUGCCUUUGCCCCUUCCCACAGCCUGGAUAAAUACUUGCUGAAAUUUGUUUCCGACUAUGCUUUCGACGGCUACAAGCCCAUCUGCCAGCACAAGCUCAUGCAAGCCAUGGCUCAGGCCCAGGACGGUGCUGAAGGCGCCCGGGCCUACCCACCCACCCUCCUGGAGUGGGCAACCAGCCGGGACAGAGUCAACAUGGCCCUGGAUGUUUACUGUUUCAAUGGAGAUCACUUCUGUUGCCCCAUCCAUUCCUGGACCACCGGAGAAAACCUUGCUGAAAAUGUACUGAAAUACAGGGGGCUUGCAGAGGGAUGGCGAGGCUGGUCAGUCGCCAUGAAGGACGGCACCCAGUGGGCUGAGCUGGCCGGCCACGACUACGUCUUAGAUCUGGUGUCUGACCUGGAACUCAUCCGUGGCUUCCCAAAGCAUAAGUCCUACUUCAUUGUUGCCUCAGAGGGGCCGGAGAGAAAUAUUGGCGGCAAAGCAGUAUUCAGACACAGUUUGGAUUCUGGUGAGAAGGUUCCUCCUCCGCCACUUAUGAAGGCCCCUACGGUGGCCCCCACCAACCUGCCAGACUCAGAAGGAUAUUGCAGCCAUGCAGAUUCGGACACGUUCAGCGAGCCCCGAAGCCAGAAGGGGUUGGAUCAUUACCUGGACAGUCUUUUUGACCCUGUUCUGUCCUAUGGGAAUGGGGAACUGGAGAAGCCGGCUGCCGUCUCCCACAGGAUGAAGGGAGGAGGCCAGAUCGGAGCGGGGAAUGGAGGCCAGAGCGAUGGAGAAGGUGUACCAGCUGAGGGACCCCAAACAGCUGGUGAGUGUAGGCAGAGCUACCUUCCACGGCCAAAUGCAGCAACAAAUGAGGCCUUGCUGUUGGCACAGCAAGCUUUCCGUAACCAGCAGGAGUUGCUUCUGGCUCAACACAUGUCCCAAGUGGAGGCUCUCCGCCGACGGCAGCAGGCCGCUGUAGCAGCGUUGGCCGGUGCAACCUCACUCAGUGCAAACCAGUACUCCAGCCCCAGGUCUCCCCAGCACAGAAGCCCUUCCAGGACCCAGAGGAGCGGCACCUAUGAUGCCGGGCCUCAAGGGGGCCUGCCUCCCCAGAGAGAAGCCGAGAAAGGGCUGGUAGACGGCACUGCAGCAUCACCGAGCCUUACACAAGACAUGCUGUUCUUUCAGAAAUCUGAUCCCGCCUCCAGGCUGCGCGCUGGUGAGCUUGUCCGUCACUCCAAGCUGAACUCAGAGUACAUUCCGGAGCCGACACAGAACAUCCGCAACAUUAUCAAGCAGUACCAGCAACCUGCACGCAUCCCAGAACCCAUCAGGAAGGAAGGCGGGAAAGUAUUUGUGAAGAAAAUGGAUCCCCACGAGGAAGCCUUGAUGAUCCUGAAAGGACAGCUGGCAGCCACGGAGGCACCAGCGCGGCCUGCUCCGGUCAUCAGGGAGUUGGGAGCCAAGGAGGCAGUAGCCAUGGUGAAGCCUGUGACUUGUGCCAAGGUGGCUGUGCCCUCUGCCAUCCGCCUGCCACCCGCCAUCACCAGAUCUUUCCCCGAGGCCUCUCCAGUGUCGGUCUCACGUGAACUAUCAUCUGAGGAUGAACUUAUCCAGACGCGGCUUCACCGUCGUUGCAGUGAGGAGUUCUAUGCAUACCGCAAUGUCUCUUGGAAAAUCUAUCUCAGGAAAGAGGUUUUCUACCCAAAGGACAGCAUCAACAACCCUCUUGUGCUAGAUCUCCUUUUCCGGCAGAUCUUCAACGAUACCUUGUCCGAGGCCUGCAUACGCAUCACUCAGGAGGAGAGACUCCGCAUGAAGGCCCUUUUUGCGGAAAACAAGCUGGACUCCUUUAGUCCGGUGGCCGAUGAAAGCGUCAAGAAAGAGAUCAUCAGCGUUGCCCGGAAUGGCUGGGAAGUAUAUUUCUCUCGCCUUUUCCCUGCUACGGGCAGUGUGGGCACUGGAGUGCAGAUCCUGGCUGUGUCUGACACAGGGAUCAAACUGCUGCGACUGGUCAAGGGCACCAACUUACCUGGGGAGCAGCUCCGGGUGCUGCGGGGCUACAGCUACGGCGAUAUCCUCUUUGUGACCACCGGCUCGAAGAACAUGCUGGAGGUCAACCUCACCAAUGAGAAGCUCAUCCUUUUCUCCCCCAAAGCUGCCCAGAUUAAGGCACUGAUUGACUAUUUCCUCAACGAACUCAAGAAGGAUUCACAGUACAUGGUUGCAAUCAAGAACCAUAUUACAGACGAUAAAAGCCUCUUACGGUUCCAUAAAGGAGACAUCAUUUGCCUGCGGCCAAUGGAAGGCUUGGAUCAAGGCUGGAAGUUUGGUGCCAUCUAUGGGAAAUCGGGCUUCUUCCCUGCCGAUUGCGUCCAGCCGGUGGCAGCGCCAGAUUUUACCCACCUUCCCGCGGAGAAGAAGGAGGAGCCCAAGGACAAGCAGGCCAAAGUGGCUGUCCCGGCCUCGGUGGCUGUGGCUGUUGCAUCCGCAGCCGUGGCUCAGGAGCUUGACAAGACGACUGAGGUGUGUCUGGCAGGCAGCGAAUUCGCAGAGAGCGCAGAGGGCUUUCAGGGCGCCAAGGACAUCGGCCCACGAGGCGGCCCCUUCAACAUGCUGGAGUUUUCCAAGAAGUAUUUCCGAGAAGGGCAGAGGGCAAAGAUGGAUCCCAACAAGCAGAAAUCCAAAAAAAGUGGUGAAUCGAAUGGCAUGGCAGAUAUUCUGAAAUUCACCAAGGCCCCCAUCCAGGAGUCGCUCAUUGAAUUCACGGACAGCAGCCUGAACAAAAUAGCUGCAGAAACUUUCCAAGCUGUGAUGAAGUUUAUGGGCGACCUCCCCCUCAAAGGACAAACUGAGCUAGAAGUGGUGUGUUCUCUUCUCAAGCUCUGCGGAGACCACGAGGUCAUCAGGGACGAGGUGUUUUGCCAGAUCAUCAAACAGAUCACGGACAACACCAGCACCAAGACGGAUAGCUGCCAGAAAGGUUGGAGGCUGCUCUACAUCCUGAGUGCCUAUUACAGAUGCUCUGAAGUCCUCCGACCAUAUUUGCUGCAGUUCCUCCAAGAAAUCUGCAACAGUCCCAGCUUGCAUUUCCAAGGCAUCGCCAAGGCAUGUGAGCAGAACCUGCAGAAAACCUUUCAGUUUGGUGGCCGCUGCGAGUUCCCCAGUAACAUGGAGCUCAAAGCCAUGGUGGCUGGAAGGAGCUCCAAGCGGCAGCUGUUCCUCUUACCGGGAGGCAUUGAGAGGCACCUCAAGAUCAAAACUUGUUCGGUUGCGCUGGAUGUGAUAGAGGAGUUAUGCUACGAGAUGGGACUACGCCGCCCUGAGGCCUUUGACGAAUACAUCAUUUUUGCUGUCGCCAACAGAAAUCAGAAUGUUCGGCCUUUGAACAAAAAGGAGUACAUCCUUGAUGUUGCCUUGGAAAUGGAAAACGUGGACAGCGGCUUCAUGUUCUGGUAUCGGCGCGUCAUCUGGGCCCAGCCGCUGAAGUUUGACAAUGAGCUCUAUGUCACCAUGCACUACAAUCAGGUUCUCCCUGAUUAUCUCAAGGGGCUCUUCAACACUCUCCCUCCCAUGAGGCCGAGUGAGCAACAGUUCCAGCAAGUCUCCAAGCUGGCUGCUCUGCAGCACCGAGCAAAGGACAGCUUCUACCUGCCUACCGUGCGGGAGGUUCAGGACUACAUCCCGCCGCAGUUCUACCAUCUGCAGAAGGCCCAGUCCUGGCUGGACAUGGUCAUGCACCACCUGCAGCAAGCCCAGGCCUUGAGUGCCCACCAAGCUCGGGCGCAGUUCCUAGGGCUCCUGAGCGCUUUCCCCAUGUUCGGCUCGUCCUUCUUCUACAUCCAGAGCUGCAGCAACAACACCAUCAUCUCCCCCUGCAUCCUGGCAGUGAACCAGAAUGGACUCAACUUCCUGAACAAGGAAACCCACGAACCCAUUGUGACAUUCUCUCUGAAAGAGAUCCAGUCCACACGCACCCAACGGCCCUCGGCUGGAUCCAGCUACCCCUACGUAGAGAUCAUGCUGGGGGGCUUGAUGUCCCAAAGGAUCACGCAGCUGCAGCUGGAACAGCUUAACCUUCCGAUGGGCCUGGAGCUUUGCCGAGUAAUCGCCACCCACAUGGAGAGCUUGCUGCACGCCCGUGAAAAGCGACUCACGCUCCCUCCGAGCGAGAUCACGUUGUUGUGAAUGGACUGGCCACACACCUCUUCCUCUCUCUCUCUCAUUCUCUCUCUCAGGGCUGGCCCAAUACAUUUUGGUACCUGAGGCAAGCCACAAAGUGGUGCUUCCUCCCAGGAAGAAGGUGUGAGUGAAUAAGGGUGUGUGUGUGUAAAGAUCUAUGUUGGGAACGAGGGUGGGAGACCAGCAGCACCUCCUAUUCACCAAGAGGUCGCGAUAGAGGUGGCAUUGGGGAGGGCUGCCGAGGAGGAGGCAGAUAUGGCCUGGGAAAAUAACUGGUGAAUACCAAUUAAUCCUGAACUCCCACAUGCAAAAACUGCAAAAGGAAAAUGGAUGUCUGCCUGAAUUCAAAAAGCAUGCGGGCCCUGACUCACUCUCUAGCCAAAAACCCUUUCAGCAGAGUUUAAAACAGAAAUACAUGCAGUGUUUGUAAUGUGUGGGGAAAUCUAGGUUGUUAGACCUUUAAAAUGUCCCAGUAUUAAGUUUGCUUCUAGGAGUGAAUAGACCACAAACUUAAGUAAGCUAAAAUGCUUUAUUUACAAUAAUCAGCGGUUUCACUCAAUGCUACAGCAGAAACAACACAGAUAAAAACUUCAUGAGUACAAAAAUAUGAAAAGUAUCUUCAAACAUGGAGUCUGGGCUUAGGAGCUCCAGCCUUAUGCAUCUGGUCAGUUAUAUAGUUCAAAAAUAAGAGAGAGAAAGGACAGGAAACAACCUUUAUUUUAUCCCUUGCCAUAGGACCAAUCUGAAACUUCUUUAGCAUUUAAGAACUCUGUGAUCCUUAACACAUUUCUUACUAUUAUGCACAAUUUAUGCAGAUUUGGCUGCAUAAAUCUCCUACAAACAUCUGGUGUGUGUGUGUGUGUGUGUGUGUGUGUGUGCCAGGUUUGGGAAGACUGCACUCAUCUAUCCCUAUAGGCUGCUAUAUAUGAGAAGUCCUACUAGACCAGGAGUUGAAGCCUGAGCCCAGAUUCUCCUAAUAAGAAAUUUGAGGUGGGUGGAUAGAACCUAUGGAAGAAAUACUGAGCUGGACCAGAUCAAGAUGCCAUCUGGCCUAGCACUCACUUUGCAACAGCUGUCAGCCAGAUGUGUCUGGAAGCUUCCGAGCAAAGCAUGAUGAUGAAUCAUCCGCUGUUUGUCCCCAGCCUCUGUCUGUUUACGUGCACAAGUUGUUUGCAAAGUUAUUCACAAGUUCUGUUGUUUUUUUUAACAUACUUUGGUCCGGUUUCAAGAAUAUGGCUUUUUCUGCAACUUCGCUCUUUAUUUUUUAUAAAAGCAACCAGUCUUCAGAAGAACUGGUAUUGUGCUAUUGGGGGGGAGAGAGAAAGAGAGAGAGAAGAAACAAUAGCUCACACCCUACCUGCUAUAUUUUGUAAUAUUUUUGCACUCAAAAUUGCGCUUUUUUUGAGGGGGGUUAUAUUUGUUCACAAUUUGAGCAAAAUUAAAAGUGUCAUUUUAUGUCAUACGUUCAUGGGUACCUGGUCUUUUGCUCUUUACCUUUGAGGACAACAAAAUCGCAUUAGUCAACAUUUGAAACACACAGGCCAACAAGGGUGUGUGCCUGCCCCAGCAUAAAUGCAAAAUAGUUAUUGAAGAUGCAAUUCUACACAAGAGAGGUGGGAAACCUUUUUCAGACUUAGGGCCGCAAUCCCUAGGAGUGUUCCUUUCCUUUUAUUUGGUAAUCCAUCUCGCUCAAAAACAUCUUGGAAUACAUGUUGACCUAACAUUGGAG